AUGAAAAUUAAGAAGAAAAAUGAAUUACAAAAAGUCACAGAGUUAGGUGAGCACAUAUUGAAAACAUAAAAUACAAUGUUAGCAACAAAAAUUGAUUAAUUAAAGAAAGAGAUUUAAAAUAUGAAAUCUGUAUACAACAAUCCAAUAUAUCUAGUUUCUAGUUGCCAGAAUAAGCAGAGCGAGACAUUCUUUAAUCAGAAGAACUAAUAAAUUAUAAAAAACUUAGUAAUUAACUUUCUCGAAGAAUACGAAUCAUUAUGGCUUAUAAUGAAGAGGCAAUUCAAAAAAAAGUAUCCUAAGAAGAUAUCUAAGAAGAGAGAUUUGAAUGUCUUUGUGGUGCAAAUUAGAUUGAUUCUAUUAAAUAUUUCCUUCCAAAUGGCAAUCAAGAAAUAUUAUAAUAAUAAUAAUAAUAAUAAUAAUAAGAAAUAUAGCAACCAGAAGAUAAUAAUUAAUAAAAUCAAUCUUAUCAAAAGUAAAUAUUACUUAAAUAAUUAGAGAUUAUAUAAAAAAAAUUAUUUAAGAAUCUUCAGAAGAGAAAGCUCAAUUAUUACAUUAAAUAGAAGAAUUAAAAUUAUAAUAAAAAUUACCUGAAGAACAAUUCUUUCAAACUUAACUUUUUGCUGAUUUGGUAUAAUAAAAUAAUUAUUUGACAACUACUUUAUUUAACAUAGAGGAACAAUUAAUAUAAGUAAUUUAAUUAAUAUAAUUAGGCUUAAUUGGCUAGUAAAGAACAAUUAGAGAAAAAUCAACAAUAAAUUCAAUAGUGUCAAUUAGAAUGUGAAUAAAAAAUAAAAGAUUUGUUUUCUUAGUAAGAUGUGUUAAAGAUAGAACUAAAAUAAAAUGAUGACUAGACAUAAAAUACAUUAAUUGAAGAAUUGAAGUUAUAAGUAGAAAAUUCAUCCAAAAUGAUAGAAGAUUUAAAAAUUGAAUUAUAAUAAUGUAGAGAACGAAAUAAAGAAGCACAUAAUUAAAUAGUUGAAGUUUUGAAUCAGAAACAAGUAUUAUUGAAUUAAAAUAAUGAUUUAAAAUAAUACAUAAGUGUUCAUAAGAUACUAUCAAAAGAUGAGAAGAUAGAAUAAGUGACAUUAAGAUAUGAAAAACAUAAACAGUUACUUUAUGAGAUUGAAUAAGAGUAUGCAAAUAACAAAUCUAAUGAAUUUAUUUAAAGAUUUAGAGAAUUUGUUGGAUAUGUCAAAAUGAGAGAUGAAAAAGUUAAGGGAUUGGAAUAAUAAUUAGAUGGAAAGACUAAUGAUUUUAAUAAUAUAAAGAAAGUAAAUAAAUAAUUUAAUAUAAUUUUAGUAAAUAUAAUAAUUGAUUGAUGAAUUAGAUUAUAAUUCAAAUACAUUUAAUUCUAUUAAUGAAACAAACAAGAAUCUUAGUAAACUCAUAAAUGAAACCUAAAAGAAUUUAAGUAGAGCUAUGCAAGAAAAGGUGGAUGAACGUAUAAGAUUUGAAACAGAAAGAUAAGUAUGAUCCAUCAUUAAAUCAUAGCAAUUUUAAUUAAAAAUAUAAAAUUUAGACGAUACUAUUAAAUAAUUAUAAUCCUAGAAUGAAUAAUAAAAAAAAUUAAUUAGUUUAUUUGAAAAUGAAAGAAUUAGCUAUAAAGAAACUAUUAGAAUGUUAUAAAAAUCUGAUGGAGAAAAUUAGCAAAAAUUCUUAUAAAAAGAAUGGGAUGUUAACAAAAUAUUAGAAGAAAGCAAAAUCAUUUAAGAAAGAGAGAAAUUAAGUGAAUCAAUUAAUGUUAAAUUUAUAAAAAAGGCAGAAAAAUCAAAGAGCAAAUUAAAAUAUUUAAAAUUACAAAUGAAAUUGUAAUUUUAUUAAUUUAUUUAUUUUUAGAGAGUCUAAAGAUACUGAUAAUGAAUUAUUAACAUCUUUAAAAAUGAUGGUUGAUUGUUAAUAAUGUAAAAAAAGAGUAAAAUAAGUUAUUUUGAUGAAAUGUUUACAUAUGUUCUGCAAACCUUGCAUAGAUGACAACUAAAAAAAUCGAAAUAGAGCCUGUCCAGUCUGUAGAGCUAAGUACGGAAUUGAAGAGGUAAAAGCAAUAAUAUUGAAUUGAGAAAAAAUUAUAUAUCAUCA